AUUUUAUUUUCGUCUGGCUAACUUUCGGUCAAUCCACCUUACUCCAUACUCUGACCAUGUUUGCUCUAUCAUCUGCUUGCCAGACCGAUAUACCAGAUACGCGAGGACUGACCCGACGAUUGCCCCUGAGCCCCCCUACGAACGCGUCGCCGUGCCCGCUUCAGUAUGCGAUGGCGACCUCGACUGCGUCUUCUGUGUCGCGGACGCACAUGUUGACGUCGCCUACUUUGCCCCCGAUCGCCACCUCCCUCGAGACCACUGAGUCUUUGGGCGCCGCGCCAUGCUUUGUGCCGCGUUGAACGACUGGGACAUCGCCCUCGAGCCCUCAAUGCACCGAUUGAACAUACCCUUCUUCACACCGCGCCCGCCCGCCAUCUCCAACCCCUUCGCCGCCGUCGACGUUCUAUUAGCGGUCUUUUGGCCAAACAGUCGUGCUGGCCGCGCGCAGCACCUCUACCGCCACGACCUCAAGGCCCUCAUCUGGGUCCUCGUCUGGGUAGUCUGUUGCUAUAAGGAUGAGCGGAGGGUCGAGCCGCUGCCUGAGAUGUGCAGGAAGUGGAUCAUCGGUGGGGUCCAGCGGACUCCCGCGAACACCUAUAGGGCAAUCGACGACAGAAUUUCCGAGGACGCCCGGCGGUGCAGGUCCAGCAAGCAAUGUCUGCUUAAGAACGGAUGGCCCAAGGGUGGCGGUCCGACGGCUACCUUCAAGGACCGCGAAGGCGUCCUCGCAGGCGGCUUCCUCUACUGGCUCUCAAAGUGCGCGACGAGGCGAGAGUUGGCGAAGGGGCCGGGGGUGUGGGUGAUGUCGAGGGAGGUGGAUCUUGGGGUGGAGGAGGGCAAGCCGUUGGAGCUAGAGACGGCAGAGGUGUGGCGUGAGUUCUGUGAGGCGGCGAGGGAGGCGGUCGGGUGGGUGAAUCAAGAUGCGUUGGGUUAUGUGAGGGAGUACUUGCCUGGACCGUAGCGCUGAAGACGUAUUUUCAAGCGCAACCAUUCAAGAGGGAUGCAUUGUGUGUUAUUGGCCAUUUUACCACAAAGUGGCGUAUAUACUUGAAAAGAAUGAAGUCCGCGCACUAACGGCGCGCAAGCGACGGUGCCAUAAACUUCUAUCAGGGACUGCGCGUCUGAAGGCCACGAAAGAAC